UGUUGGAAUUUUAGCACAGUUAAUUUACAGCGAGAAAUUGCUAAAAUUUAGUCAGUUCUUUAAAAUGUUUUCCUUAAUUUCCGCAACAAUAACGAAUGCAUUUAGCGUGUAUAACAAUUCGUAGCGAAUGCACAGAGUUAAUUAAACAAAUUAAAUUUUACUGACUUUAGUUGAAGAGUAGACACCAAAAUGACUUGUCGUGAUCAUUGCCUGCUUUAUGCUCUGAUUGUUGUCAUAGGGUUGGUAAGAAUAUAUGCCUUGCCCGACUUUUGCACGAUAAAGACAGAAUAUGAUGAUGCCGCUCCCGACUACUGUGAAGAAAGAGAACAGCCACACUUGGGCUGCAAUAAUAAAAAUAAAUUCGCCGCUGCUUGUGGUGAGCAUGCGGAAAUCUUUCCAAUGACGGAUAAUGUCAAAAGGCUUAUAGUAAGACAACAUAAUGUCUAUCGCAAUAUUGUGGCUCAGAGAUCUCUCCAUCUGCUGCCAACAGCGUCACGAAUGCUCAAAGUGAAAUGGGAUACGAAUCUGGCUCAAUUGGCAGAAUACGCCGUAAAGAAAUGCAGCAUUAAACGUCCGACGAGUUCAUUUUCAACAACAAUGGCUUCGAAGCCUGGUUUCAAUGCGAUCUACAAUAAAUAUCCCAAGCAACAGGAGCAGGAUGAAAUAAAGAUACUUGGCUCCCAAUUAAAGGCCUGGUAUGAUGAAUACAGACGUACGACCACCGAAAGCCUCUUGUCGGGUCGUUCCCCAGAUGGUCGUGAUGUUUCACAUUUUAUCCAACUUAUUACGGGACUCAAUGAUCGUGUGGGCUGUGCAAUUGUCAAAUAUGAGCAGGAUAAGUGGAAAAUUCAAUUAAUGAUAUGUCUCUAUGGAUGCUAUAAGCAAAAUAAUCAGGUCACUUAUGCAAUUGGAUAUUUGCCUGGCGAUAAAUGCAAAUGCGGUUCAGAUCGACAGUUUAAAAACCUAUGCAGCAAUGAGGAAACUGUCGGGGAUUGUGCUAUGAUAAAAAAUCACAAUCUUGUGAAUGAAGAAUUCGAACCGACAACUACAACUACGGCAACCAGACCAAAAAUUCGAAAAACCCGCAAACGAUCUCCGAUUGAAAGGCUCAUAGAUUGGAUAGCAAGACAAAAAAUAAGUAACUAAGUAAUCAGAGUGAAUAAAAUAAAAAUGAAUUCGUUUCAUUAAUGUAAAA